AUGUCCCCGGCGUCGGCGGCCACAGCCAGCGAGAGCAGCACAACUACAGUUCCCGAUGAGGAAGCCGAGAGCCCCCGAGAGGAGCAACAGCCCGUGAAGCAGUCCCUGAGCAAGUCGCUGUGCCGCGAGUCGCACUGGAAAUGCCUGGUGCUGUCGGUGCUGAUGUACGGCUGCGUGGGCGCCAUGGCCUGGUGCCAGGUGACGCGGGUGACGCGUCUGUCCUUCGACAGCGCCUACAAGGCCAAGUCCAUGAUGUACCACGACAGCCCCUGUUCCAACGGCUACGUUUACAUCCCACUGGCCUUUCUUCUCAUGCUCUACGUGGUCUACCUGGUGGAGUGCUGGCACUGCCACAGCCGCGGACAGAUGCAGUACAAGGUGGAUGUGGACAGUGUGGCGGAGCGCGUGCAGCGUAUGCAGCAGGCCACCCCGUGCAUCUGGUGGAAGGCCAUUAGCUACCACUAUGUCAGGAGGACACGGCAGGUGACGCGAUACCGCAAUGGGGACGCCUACACAACCACACAGGUGUAUCAUGAGCGUGUCAACACCCACGUGGCAGAGGCGGAGUUUGACUAUGGCAACUGUGGCGUGAAGGACAUCUCCAAGCAGCUGAGGGGCCUGGACGUCUUCCCUGUCACACGGCUGCGCUUCACCAAGUGCUUCAGCUUCGCCAACGUGGAGUCGGAGAACUCCUACCUGACGCAGCGCGCACGCUUUUUCACGGAGAACGAGGGCCUGGAUGACUACAUGGAAGCGCGCGAGGGCAUGCACCUGAAGAACGUGGACUUCAAGGAGUACGUGGUGGCCUUCGCACAGCCCGAGCGCCUGCCCUGGUACGCCCGGCGUGCCGUCUUCUGGGCGGCGGCCACCCUCACGCUCUCCUGGCCGCUGCGUGUGCUCAAUGAGUACCACACGGCCUGCGUGCACUACCACGUGGAGAAGCUGUUCGGGUUCGACUACCACGCGGCCGCGACGCCGUCAUGUGAGGAGCUGCAGGAGCCUCCGCAGCAGCGACGGGCCGCCACGCCGUACUGCGCCCGGCGCAUCCCGCGCGUCAACACCAUCGACAGCACGGAGCUGGAGUGGCACAUCCGCUCCAACCAACAGCUGGUCCCCAGCUACUCGGAGGCCGUGCUCAUGGACCUGGCAAUGGGCAACGGCUGUGGUGGUGGUGGCGGCAGCAGCACCGGUGCCAGCAACACCUACUCCUCCUGUGGCGGGGGCGGGUUCGGGGCUUUCAGCGGCUACCGGCAGAAUUGCGAGCGGUGCCACCGCGCCAUCAGCAGCUCGUCCAUCUUCUCUCGCAGUGCGCUGAGUAUCUGUGCCGGUGGUGGCGCCGGUGGCAGUGGCGGUGGCGGUAGUAGUGGUGGCGGCAUCAGCAGCCCUCGGCUGCCCUUCAGUGCCAGUCGCUUCUCUCUGGGCCGGCUGUAUGGCUCACGGCGCAGCUGCCUCUCGCUCUGGAGGAGCCACAGUGGGGGGAGUCUCACCGAGGCGGGCUGCCCCACGGAGAGCACCCGCUGCCUGGCCACAGCAGCCCACUCCUCCUCCUCCACUGCUCCACCGGCCUACCAGGACGCCCUGUACUUCCCCGUGCUCAUUGUGCACCGCAACGAGGGCUGCCUGAACCAUGACCACCGCUCCCUGCACCGCAACGGCUCCUGUGUGGAGACGUCGUUAUGA